AUGAGCUCUCCAGGUGACUAUUUCAAACUGAUUCAAGAGGAUUAUCAAAAAGUUAAACGACAAUUAAGUCAUAAACCGAUGACAGUUGUUCAGGCUCAUGAGUAUUUCGAAAGGCAUAAGGAAUCAAUUGUAACAAACUUCUCUGUGGAAAUUAGAAGACCAUUGAAUGAAAUUAGGUUUUGGAAAAUAUUCAACGUUAAAGCUGAUGGUGAAGAAACAAUUGUCAUUAAUCAAAGUUUGAUUUAUGUCUUGUGUCUUUAUAUCACAAAUAUUGAACGUUAUAAUGAAACUGUUUCUCAAACCCCAUCCAAGGUUACAUUGUUGUUGAAUUUAAAAGAAACUUGUCCUCACUUUUUCAAAAUUUUGUACAUUUUCCCGAGUGCUUUAGUUAUGAAUAAACUUAUUGGUGUUGAAGAUGAUGAUGAUGAUGAUGAAGAUGAUGAUAGUGAUGAUGACGAUGAUGACGACGAUGAUGGUGACGACGAUGAUAGUGAUGAUAGUAAUGAUAGUGAUGAUAGUGAAGAAGAUGAUGAAGAUGAUAAAGUUGAACCUGAUGAUGGCUCUAAUGUGUUCAAAGAUGUUAAACUACAAGAUAAAGAGGACUUUAUCAGUUAUAAUCUUGGUGAAGUUAUUCAGAAAUGUAAAGAUGCAAAUGUCUUUGAAGAUGACGAUUAUUCACUAAAUGAAUCAGAAAAUAUUAAGUAUAAAUGUCAUAAAUUUAAUGAAGACCAUUUGGUUGAAACAAUGAUUUAUAUUAAUAACAAGAUUUGUUCUUUAUUAUUCAAAAAAUCAUUACAAAGUUUAUUAUUCUUCUAUGGAAGGUUAUUACCACCUUUAUUUGUUGGUGAUUAUUCAAAUUUGUUACAGACUAAUUCUCGAUUAUUUGGUAAUAACUUCUUUGAUCCAAUUGUUCGUUUGUUCCAAUUUGCAAUGGAUGAUUCUAAGAAUGACAUCUUGGAUUCUAAUAAUAUAUUGAAUGUUCCACACUUUGGUGUUGAUAACCGGAUUGUUUUAAAGAAGUAUAACCAGUUUGAAGAUGAGGAUAAAUCAUCAUCGUUAAAGAAGUACAAGUAUUCUGAUGAUGAAGAGGGAUUAUCAUUAUUGGAAUAUGAAGAAGUAUGGGGACCAGCUGGGAAUUCAUCCAAUUUGAAAAUUUUACAUUUGAAGGAUCAAGCUUUUUCCCAAAAUGUCGAUAGUGAUGGUAAAAGUUUAAAGAAAUUCAUUAAAAAUUCUAAAAUUUUCCAUUCAAUUGUUUCCAAAUUGAUAAAAGAAUCAUCUAAUUGUCAAACUCCAAACUAUAUAAUCAUCACAGAUUAUGAAUUUUCAUUGUUCAUUAAUCUUCAAAAUAAAAAUACUAAAUCUCAAACCAAAUCAUCUGUUUCAGAUUCUGAGCCAAUUACACCAAGUUCAAGUGAUGAUGAUGACACAAUUUCUUCAGGUCAAUAUGAUUUAGAAGUCUUGAUGUGCAAAAAUGUAUUUUUAAAGUAUUCACAUUUUAAUGAAUUGAACUAUAAUCAAAUCAAUGUCAUUGAAUCAAGAUUGAUGACUUCAAUUUUUUUGGAGAAGUUAUUGGGGAAAUCAAAUCAUGAAGUUAAAUUUAAUCCAUUUUGUGAAGCUGUUAAAGAAGAAUUUAUACCAGGUAUUGAAUUAGGUGGACUCAAGAUACAAUCAAGUAUUGAUAUAGAUUUUAUCUCAUCAUUCCUUGAGCGUGAUCCAAUUAAUUCAACUUUUACAAGUGAGCUAUAUCAUAUUGCUCCUUUGGAACUCAAAGCUGUCAUGAGUACCAGAGAUUCAACGGUUGAUGAAGAAAUUGAUUUUCUUAUUUCAAAGUCAAACAAGAGAGAAAAGUCCAUGAUGUUGAAGUGUUAUAUACCAGAUUUUGCAAUGAAGAAUCUUAUUGAUAAGAAUAAAGCAAGUGAAUUUCUUCAACUUCAAAGAGACGUGAGUCAAGAAAUUGAAAUACGUUCCAAGAUUCGUUUCCAUAAUAUGAACUGUCAUUCUGAUCUUGAAAAGAUUAAGAAAACAUAUCCUAGUUAUACUAGUAUCGAUCUUGAAGAUUUUUUGAACUUUGGUGCUUUGAAGAAAUAUGGUAAAACUGUUGGUAUUUUUUUGGUCUUUAAAACAAUUAACAAGCUGUGGUCAGAUAAAGACUUCAAAAACUAUUGGAAAGAGUUUGAGAACAUUAUUGGACAUAAUAAAUUCAAGAAUGUUAUGGAGAAAGGUAAAAUUGAUUGA